UUUCUUUGCCAUGGUUUUAAAAGCAGUGCCCUCUCUGUGAACCCACACUAGAACAACAAUACCAACCAACCUUCUACAUUUUUCAAUCUGUACUCUUUUGAAAAAACAAUGGCCAAGGAAGCUUCUAUCAUCCUCUUGUUCCUCUCUUUUCUCCUUGUCUUCUGUUCAGGUACAUUGGUGGGAUUUUCUUUUGCUGAGAGUGAAGACACUGAAUCACCCUCAUUCAUCCAGAAAACCAAGAUCUACCACGUGAGUUUGGGGGGGUUUGUUCAAUUUAGUGAAGGGAUAUCAAAAUAUCUUGAAUCAGGAACCCAGAUAGCUAGAAGAAUAGUAGCAUUAUAUGCAGAAAAAUUGCAGAUAACUGUUGAUGGUUAUGCUCAAAAGGAAGAGAUCUUAUUUCCUUUGUCUCAGAGAGAAAAAGAACUAAGCAAAGUUUAUACAAGAAGAAUUUUAGAUGAGACAAAUAACACACCUUCACCAGUUAAUCCUACAAAUCCAACUUCAGAUACACCAGCCAUAAUCACAGUUCCUUCAUCCACACCAGUUACAGUUUCACCCACCAAUCCAACCACUUCAGUUCCUAUAACAGUUCCCUCUUCCAUACCUCCUCCCUCAACCCCCACAAAUCCGGCGAAUUCACCUGUACCUGUCACGAACCCUGCGGCUUCUUAUCCGCCACCAUCGGGGAUUGUUCCUGUCAUAAACAACCAGCCUCCUCCUGCAACAAGCACAAAUGCUCCACCAGCAACUCAGGGUCAGGGUCAGGGUCAGGGUCAGAGCUGGUGUGUGGCAAAGAGUGGAGUCUCAGCAACUGCUCUUCAAUCAGCACUUGACUAUGCUUGUGGAAUGCCUGGUGUAGAUUGCUCACAGUUACAGCAAGGUGGGAGUUGUUACAAUCCAAAUUCUGUUCAAAAUCAUGCUUCUUUUGCGUUCAACAGCUAUUACCAGAAGAAUCCAGCACCAACAAGUUGUGACUUUGGAGGGACUGCUACCUUAGUCAACACCAACCCAAGCACAGGUUCUUGCAUUUACCCAUCAUCGUCGUCGUCGUCAUCAUCUUUAACCGGAGCGGGUACAUCAGGAUCUGCUAGCUCACCAUCAGGUUUGGGAUUGCUAAGCCCUCCUGAUGGAGAUUCCUCACAUUCAGCUGGUGUAAGACCUUUUCUCGGCUCCAUGGUUCUGGCUAUAACCUUGGUCACCAGAACACUCAUUUUAAACCAAUAGAGAGACCCUAGUUUUCAACAGGAACCAUAGAUCACUUUAGAAGUAUGACAUUAGAAGGUAUGUACAGGUCUAUAGGUGCAAUGCAGAAAGACAAGGAGCCAGCGAACGAUAUAUAGUACUCCCUCCGCAUCGAUUGAUAACUAAGUAUUAUGAAUCAGAGGGAAUCUGUGAUAGUGAAUGCUGGAUAUGCUCACCUGUAUGUUAAGCCUUAGCUUAGGGGAAAUCAUAGGAUAGCUUCAUGUUGAAGGUACUAUAUUAUUAGUUCAUGGCUUUAUGUAAUUUGUACGCACUGGUUAGAUUUAUUUGGAAAUUCAUUUGCAUAUAAAUGAGAUUGUUAUUUUCC